AUGACCACUCAGCAUCACGUAGGGGAGGGCUACAGCCAGCGUAAUCCAGUGCCCACCAUCGAGCGCUUCCGUCAAGAAGAGGAAGCUAGAGAAAGAGCAGCGGCAGCCAACGCUACUCAAACCGCUCAAAGCGCUGCUGAAGAAGCUGCUCCCUCGAAGCAAGUGCCCCCUCCUGUGCCUGCAAAGGAGGAGAAGAGUACGCCAGAGAACGACCCUGCCGUCGACAAGGGAGGAGCUCGAUCCGGUUCUGGUGGAGGUGCUGAUGAGAAGGAGCGUUUAAAGCGCGCCGCUCAGCCUCCUCAGGAGAAGCCCACUGACUUCGUUGCCAAGGGCAAGAGACGGGUCAAAGACCCGACUACUGGCGCUGAUGUGGAGAUUGAAGAUCAAAAGCCGUUCAACCUGCAUCCCGAUCAGCUCGAAUCUAAGAAGCCAUCUGCAGAGGCCAACAGCUUCAGCGGGCGUCUGCCUACUAGUGCAGAUGCCUACCGUACCCUUCUAACAGCUCCAAUCGGUGCACCGCCUACCAAUGUGCUGCUUCAGCCUUUCCCAGCCCCCCUCGACUCCGAAGGGCUGGCCAAGCUGCGAGGCAACUUUAGGAACUUGGGCAUCGCACUUGGAGUGGCGAUGUCCGUCGUGUGGUUCAUGACUGCCUUUGGAGCAGGUUACUGGAGGUUCUUUGUCCGUUCGAUCCUCAUUGGAGGUGUCGGUCUGGGCGGCGGAGCUGCGCUCGGUCUCGCCGCAAACAAGAUCGAGACGGAUCUGAAGCAGGUUCGAGCUCAGAUGGCCACACAGCGUGGUCAGGGAUUCUCUCCUAAAGAGCCUUGCCUUCCUGAAGGUGUGGAGUGGAUCAAUGCAGUCAUUGCGACAGUGUGGAAACAGAUCGACCCAGCCAUCUUUGCAACGCUGGCUGAUACUAUCGAAGACGUUAUGCAAGCUAGUCUGCCCGGUUUCAUUGAGGCUGUAAAGAUCAGCGAUCUUACGCACGGAGAUGCCGACUCCGCCCUGCGCUUCACGCACUUCAGAGCUCUCGCUGAUAAGCAGGGCGACCGCGAGUACCCCCGCGAAGAGUGGAUUGACCAAGGAAAGAAGCCUAGCCCCUCGGCUGACGAUAAAGCUGGAGAGAAGCCCAAGCCUGUCGAGAAUGACGCUGAUGGCGAUGGCAUUGCUGAUGAAGACGAGUCGGGCGACUUCCUCAACCUCGAGGUCGGCUUCGUCCUCAUGAAGCGACCUGACCAAAAGGCUAAGGCUGCAAGUCUUCAAAUCUCCUUCUUCUUGGGAGCGCUGAACUUGUUCCGCUUCCCUUUCAACGUCUGGGCCGAAGUGACAGGUCUCAGUGGUGUGGUGCGCUUGCGAGUGCAAUUCGUGGCCGCUGCGCCCUUCGUUCGCAACGUCACAAUUUCCCUCAUGGGCGUGCCAGACGUCGCUGUCAAUGUGGUUCCGGGCAGCAGGGCGCUUCCUAAUGUCUUGGAUCUUCCCAUGGUUUCGGGUUUCGUCAAGUCGGCUAUCGCAGCUGCCUGCGCAGAGUACUGCGCGCCCAAGAGCCUCACCAUGAAUGUAGGAGACAUGCUGGCAGGCGCGCCGGCAAACUCUGACGUCGAUGCAGUGGGAGUGCUUGUCGUGCACAUUCAGCGUGGCAUUGACCUCAGCGCCCAAGACGCCAGUGGAUCAAGCGACCCGUACGUCAUCGUCUCUCUCGCCAAGUUUGGCAAGCCUCUAUACUCUUCUCGAAUCAUCUUCGAGGACCUGAACCCGAACUUCAACGAGUAUGCAUUUGUUCCUGUCACCUUGGAUGAUCUACGUAACAACGAGGUCCUUUCUAUCCAGCUGUGGGACUCCGACCAGCGCACAGCUGACGACAUCGUCGGCCGCAUCUCUCGCGACGUGCGAGACCUUACCAAAGGAGAAACGAAGAAUCGCAUGGUCGACUACGAAGAUCCCCUCAAGGGCUUCGAGGAAGCGGACAAGAUGCAGGGCUCUCUCAAGUGGCGUGGGGGUUGGUUCGAGAAGAAGGAAUUUGAUCGUCUGCUCUUCGAACAGGCUGAGGCUCGCCGCAAGGAGAAGAUGACUGAAGUUGAGAAGAAGGCGAAGGAGGCUGAAGUCAAGGCUGCACAGGAGAAGGCGAAAAAGGAGGGCAAAGCUGUCGAAGACACCGAACUUACCGCACUCAACACUCCUCCUAGCCCGGAGUACCCGACAGGCGUACUUCAAAUUGUUGUCCAUCACAUUGUCGGUCUCGAAGAGCGCGAGGUGGAGAAGGGUGUCAGCGGCAAGGCACGCGAGUCAGGCGCCAGCGGUCAGGAUGUCGAGGAAAAGGACCUUGAGCUCAGGCUGCCCUCAGGAUACAUCGAGCUCGCCAUUGAUGAUUCCAUCGUCUACAAGACCCGCACCAAGAUGGCGACGAACAUGCCCAUCUUUGAGGCCAAGACGGAGAAUGUUGUGCGCGACUGGACGAAAUCGGAGGUGCGCCUCAUCGUGCGCGACGCCCGCACGCGCGAGCUCGACCCUAUCAUGGGCAUUGCGCAGAUCAACCUCAAGGAAGUAUUCGAGAAUGAGUCCUCAGUGCAGCGCUACUUUGCGAUCUCUGACGGCAUCGGAUACGGCAAAAUUCAGGCUACACUGAUCUGGCGCUCCCUCAAACUCAAGGAGGACAUUCCUGUCUCGCUGCUUGGCGCUGACACCGCGACCGUCGAGCUUCUGAGCGCCAUCUCCAUCGACGUGGACGAGGAGCACGAGUCAUUGCGUAAUCAAAAGAUCUCCGUCACUACCGGUGACGUCACGCAAAAGCUCAGUGCCAUUCGCAAGCAAGAAGACUUGUCUAUCGGAGAUGAUGAGGCGGAGAACGGGGCAUUGGCUCGCUUGCCUGUCUACGACAGACACGCGUCGACCCUCGCCUUUAGCUUCGGCGGAGGCAUCAAGCUCGGCCCGUUCGGAGGCAAAGUGGACGCUGUCGCCGUCGUCUCUUUGCUAGACCUCGAAGACGAGGAGAUAUACGAGCUUGAUAUUCCCCUGCUCGCUGGCGACAAGCUUGGCACCCUUGCUCGCAAUCACAUUGAUGACUGGACGCUCGAAACACACAAGGCGCAAGAAAUUGGCAAGCUGAAGGUGAAGGUUCGCGUCGAUCCGGGCCUGGACGGAAAUCACGCUGCUGUUGCGAAGGGACAAGUGCGUCGCCACGAGCAAGAAGUGUACGAGCGCUUGGUGGGCAUGCCAGAGACUGCCGAGAAGAACGCGCACGCCGACGAUGAUGGAGUCAUCGACCGCAAGGAGCAGAAGGCUAUCGACAGAGCCAAGACGGAUGCUCUGCAUGCCAGACACCGAGGAGCGUAUGGAUACGCACCCGUCAGGACUGGUGCGUGGGCCAAACAGGGUGUCAAGGACCGUGUCAGACGUUACUCGCUCAAGCUGCGCGGAAAGGACACCAAGGAACGUCAGGUCGCUUCGGAGACGGGCGCCUGAGCUUGGAUCGAGCAUCUGACGCGGAAGUUUCCUGCGCGUCUACUCUUGCAUCUUCCACCCAACAGAUGGCUCACAGGCCGCGUGCUACGAUGAGAUACACAGACUUGAAGCUGCGUGAUGAAUAUGAUGAUUGUUUUCUUGUG